AUGAGGGUGAGUACCUGGCUGCAGUACGAUCUGUGCGAUUUCGAGCGUCCUUGGGAUUUCAAUAGCUGCGAGGAAAGCGUAAAGAAGCCCGCCGGGAUAUGCUCCUGCCUUGUGCGCUGCUGGCUGCUCUCCUUGCUGCCGGCCACGCAGCCAACCCUUGCUGCUCCCUCCCGUGUCAGAACAGAGGUGUGUGUAUGACAACAGGAUUUGAUCGGUAUGAAUGCGACUGCACGAGGACAGGCUAUUAUGGGGAAAACUGUACGACACCGGAAUUCUUCACAUGGCUGAGACUAACAUUAAAACCUACACCAAAUACUGUCCACUACAUUCUCACCCACUUCAAAGGAGUCUGGAACAUCAUCAACAAUGUUUCCUUCUUACGAGAUACUAUUAUGAGAUACGUGUUGACGUCAAGAUCACACUUGAUUGACAGCCCACCAACAUACAACGGUGACUAUAAUUACAAAUCCUGGGAAGCUUAUUCCAAUCUUUCCUAUUACACAAGAAGCCUUCCACCAGUAGGACAUGACUGUCCAACACCGAUGGGUGUUAAAGGUAAGAAGGAGCUCCCAGAUUCAAAGCUGAUUGUGGAGAAAUUCUUGCUGCGGAGAAAAUUUAUUCCUGACCCACAAGGCACAAAUGUGAUGUUCACAUUCUUUGCCCAGCACUUCACUCAUCAGUUCUUUAAGACAGACCAUAAGAAAGGACCUGGCUUCACUAAAGCUUAUGGCCAUGGGGUUGACUUGAAUCACAUUUAUGGAGAGACUCUGGAGAGGCAACUUAAAUUGAGACUUCACAAGGAUGGAAAACUAAAGUACCAGAUGAUUGAUGGAGAAAUGUAUCCACCAACAGUAAAGGACACUCAAGCAGAGAUGAUCUACCCUCCUCACGUUCCUGAGCACCUGCAGUUUUCUGUUGGGCAGGAGGUGUUUGGCUUGGUCCCAGGCCUAAUGAUGUAUGCAACGAUAUGGCUAAGAGAACACAACAGAGUCUGUGAUGUCUUGAAACAGGAGCAUCCAGAGUGGGAUGAUGAGCAGCUAUUUCAGACUACAAGACUCAUAUUGAUAGGAGAAACAAUCAAGAUAGUUAUUGAAGAUUACGUGCAGCACUUGAGUGGCUACCACUUCAAACUGAAGUUUGAUCCUGAGCUUCUGUUCAACCAGCGUUUUCAAUACCAGAACCGAAUUGCAGCUGAAUUCAAUACUCUGUACCACUGGCACCCACUGCUGCCUGACACUUUUCAGAUACGUGACCAGGAGUACACUUUCCAGCAGUUCCUCUACAACAACUCCAUAAUGCUGGAACAUGGCCUUUCCCAUAUGGUGAAAUCUUUCUCCAAGCAAAGUGCUGGCAGGGUUGCUGGUGGGAAAAAUAUUCCAGCUGCAGUACAAAAAGUAGCAAAGGCUUCAAUUGACCAAAGCAGAGAAAUGAGAUACCAGUCCUUGAAUGAGUACAGGAAACGCUUCAUGUUGAAACCAUUCAAAUCAUUUGAAGAACUUACAGGAGAAAAAGAAAUGGCUGCUGAACUAGAAGAGCUUUACGGAGACAUAGAUGCUAUGGAACUGUAUCCAGGCCUUCUUGUAGAAAAGCCAAGACCAGGUGCCAUCUUUGGUGAAACAAUGGUAGAAAUUGGCGCACCGUUCUCUCUGAAAGGACUGAUGGGAAAUACAAUAUGCUCCCCUGAGUACUGGAAGCCAAGCACCUUUGGUGGAAAAGUGGGGUUUGAAAUAAUCAAUACUGCCUCCUUACAGAAGCUCAUCUGCAACAAUGUGAAAGGCUGUCCUUUCACUGCUUUCCAUGUCUUAAAUCCUGAACCCACAGAGGCAACUAUUAAUGUUAGUACCUCAAACACAGCAAUGGAAGAUAUCAACCCCACACUACUACUGAAAGAGCGAUCUGCUGAGUUGUAAAUUAGCCAUCUAAUUUAUUUAUUUAUCUAAGUUAUUCUAUUUAUAGCUCUAGUAUUUAGAAAACAAAAAGCAACCUUUUGCAUCUUCACUUUGAGGGUUGCCCUAGAUUCCUUACUCAGGUAAGGCUUCAUUUUAGAAAAAGGGAUUUUCUGUGUUUCAGCUCUGUAGUAGCAAAUCCCUUGUUAAAAGCCUUCUGUAGCAGAACUACGUAUUCCAAAAUGGACCAAGUUCCAGUUUUUGGUUUUUUUACUUGUUUUAAUACUUGACUAAGGGUGUUAGGAUUGUCUUCUCACUUUGAUAGGCCAUGUAACACUACAAAAAGCAAGUUAUUGCCUCAGCAAUUUUUUGAACUUGAAAACAGACUUUCAGACUAAAAAUGAGAGCAUGAUUUAUUGAAACUGCUAAAAAAAGAUUCUGAAUUCCGUAUGAGCACUCCAGGAUUAACAAAUAUGUUUGAGACUUGCUUAUUUAAAGUCAAAAUGCAUUGCGUUUGUCAAUGAUACUACCUCUCCCUCAUGCAAAUAAGGCACUUUGUACAGUAAUUUACAUGAUUGAUUUUUUUUUUUUUUGUAAGUCUGUCCUUUUGUGUGGCAUUAUACUUUUUCAUCAUUUUUAAUUUAAUUAUUAAUUUAAUUAUUUAAGAAUAAUAGAACUUGUCUGAAAUCCUACUUGUUUUUGAAGCAUGUGUCGCAGAAGUAUUAUGUGAGAUGAUGUUAACAGAGGUACUGAGCUUAGACACGACUGUCAGGCAGGAAAACAAGGCUGCUUGUAUAUCAGUAGACAUUUUACUUUGUGAGUUUGGGGAGAUCUUAAACUUAAUCCAAAGUUUAUUAGUGUGGGGUUGUUUUUGUUUUUGUAGCUGUAAUUGGUCAAUAUAAAUUCUCUGGAUGGUAUAAAUCUGUUAUUUUAGAUAAAACUAUACAAUCCUUUUGUCCUUAAGGACAUGAGUAUAAUAUAGGUUUGCGUAGCCAAAUGGAAAU